GUUGUUUUUCAAUUUUGCAGUGAAUAUUCGACGUUGCUGUUACGAGCUCGUUAUUAUCAAUUUUUCCUGCAUGUAGUGCUUAGGUUUUUCCAUAAUGGCUUUAGUGUAAGUAGUCUAGUAGUGAAAUAAACAAUAUUAAUCUUAAAUGACGCCCACGAAGACCACGAAAACUGAAGUAGAAAUGGUGAUACGGAACAGAAAAACAGUUAUGAAAGACGGAAUCAUGACAAUGUCUGGAAUCGGCGAGCCUUCGGUCUUCCACGCGCUUGUAGUGAUAUUUUUGGAGUUCUUCGCGUGGGGCCUGCUCACGAUGCCCAUAAUCUCAGUGUUGAAUGCGACGUUCCCGGACCACACGUUUCUAAUGAAUGGAUUAAUAAUGGGCAUCAAGGGCAUCCUGUCGUUCCUCUCGGCGCCGCUGAUCGGCGCGCUGUCAGACGUGUGGGGCCGCAAGUUCUUCCUGCUGGUGACGGUGUUCUUCACGUGCGUGCCCAUCCCGCUCAUGACCAUGAACACUUGGUGGUUCUUCGCGAUGAUCAGCAUCAGCGGCGUGUUCGCAGUAACGUUCUCGAUAGUGUUCGCGUACGUGGCGGACGUGACUACGGAGGCGGAGCGGUCGCGCGCCUACGGCCUGGUGUCUGCCACCUUCGCGGCCAGCAUGGUGAUCUCGCCAGCGCUCGGCGCAUACCUGAUGAGCCUGUACGGCGAGACGCUGGUUGUGGCCGCCGCGACCGCCGUGGCCGUGCUCGACGUGUUCUUCAUCAUGGUGGCGGUGCCCGAGAGCCUGCCGGAGAAGGUGCGGCCCAGCGGCUGGGGACCUGCCAUCAGCUGGGAGCAGGCGGACCCGUUCGCGGCGCUGCGCAAGGUGGGCGCUGAGCGUACAGUGCUCAUGUUAUGUGUGGCAGUGUUCCUCUCGUAUCUGCCGGAGGCCGGACAAUACUCGUGCAUAUUCGUGUAUUUAAAGCUAGUGAUGGGUUUCGGUGAAGUGCAAGUGGCGUUCUUCAUCGCGAUAGUGGGUGUGCUCAGCAUCGGCGUGCAAGUGGUGCUCGGGUUCCUGAUGAAGUCGCUCGGCGCCAAGCACACGAUCAUGAUGGGCCUGCUGUUCGAGAUGCUGCAGCUUAUGUGGUACGGGUUUGGCAGCCGCACGUGGAUGAUGUGGGCGGCGGGGGUGCUGGCGGCGCUCGGCUCGGUGACGUACCCGGCCAUCAGCGCGUACGUGUCGGUGAACAGCCGCGCCGACCGGCAGGGCGUCGUGCAGGGCAUGGUGACAGGCGUGCGCGGCCUGUGCAACGGCCUCGGGCCGGCCAUGUUCGGCGUCAUCUUCUAUCUGUUCCACGUGGACCUGAACGAAGGGCACGCCACAUCGGACCGACCAGACGAGGACAAGUACGUGCGCAUGGUGCCGGGCCCGCCGUUCGUGCUGGGCGCGCUGCUGGUGAUCUGCGCGCUGCUGGUAGCGGCAUUCCUGCCGGAGGACGGUUCUCCGCCGCGGCGCGCCGCCCCCGACCUGCGGUUCGAGAUGGAGCGCGGGCGGCGCGUGGCUGGCCCCCUGUCGCCGCUGAUGGCGCCGGAGUCGGCGGCGCUCUAGCUGGCGGGCAAGGCCGGCCGCGCCGCCAGCGUGUGACUCUCAGUGCAGUGCCCCGAGCCCGCGCCCGCGUCCGCCGCGCCGGUGGACCUGACACGAGUGAGUGACCGUGUAUUCUUUAUUGAUGCUGGACCGUCGCAUGGCUCCUACAUUCCCGCACCGGGUACAAAACCGCUUCGUCAGUAACAUGUUUUUUAAGCUUUAUAUCUAUUUUUACCUUCGUGUGAAUGAGGGUGUGUAAAUAAUUUAUUCUGAAUAAAACAAUCAUUUGAAAUCACCAUAAAGGAGCUGUGUGUUUCUUGAGCAGAGCAUCACACAAUUAUAUAUGCAAUGGAACUAAAAUGAUAAUCAUGCACUAUAAAUUCAUUACAUUGCUAUAAAGUCAUCUAUCUGUAUGUCAGACAACAAUAUAUGUAUAUUAUUAUGCAUGGAGAAAUGCAAAGCAAAAUUGGUGUAGUAUAAGAUCUAAAUUUUAACGAUCCUGUCCAUACCUAGUAUUUUACAAAUGUAAGGAAUAAUGCCUAGUUAUAAAUAGAUAGUACAUAAUGCAGGCCAUCUGGCCAAAUUGUAAAAUUGGACAAGUUUCAAAUGAUCUUACGUGAUGGGCUACACUUAUGAAAUCACUACAGAAAUGGGUAGAAUGUGGGAUUUGCAUAUUUUAUUACAAUACGAUUAUUAGAAUACUAAGAUUGAAAUUAUUGCAGAUAGUUGUGGGUGCUAGGCCCUAUGAUAGUAUUCCUCAGAUUACCGCUCUAAAAUAGAUGACUAAAGCAUAAUUUUUAUUAGCAAAGUAUAAACAAGCUGUGAUUGUGAACGAGCUAGUUUAUUUUAGAUAGAUAACUUCUCUACAGCUUAAUAGAUUGAUCAUAAAUUAAUAAUAAAUGUAAACACUGAGUCAUUCAGGUGAUGCAGGUUUAGUAGCUCUGCCUGACCUCUUCAUUUUGACCUAAAACAGCGUGGAUUUCAAAGCAUAUAUUAUUUUUAUCAAUAUUUGUAAGUAACAAUGAAUUAUGUACAAAUUGUUUUUAAUUUAAAACUGGUAAGAUUUUUUUUUCCAUUUAUCUCAACUAUUGUUUGUUACAUAAAGAAUGGUUAUCAUUGCUUUGCAAUCCUGCUCAGAAAUAAAUUCAGUUAUUGAUUUCAAAAUCUGCAUCAAAACACCCAUUUGUCACUACAUGAAUUUCUUGAGGUUUCUUUGUCAUCUCAAUUUCUGAUUUCUAUCAUACUUGGACUCAAUCAGGCCCCUAUUGUCCACUAUGUCAAGGUAGGAAUUUAUAGGCAUAUAGCUUCAAGGCUAGGAAUUAAUCAUAGUAUAGCAAUACAUAAAUUCAAUAUAAAACAAUGACUUGACAGCAACACUUUGGCUAAAUAGUAAUGGGAAAGAUACUACAAAAGUAAAAAAAAAAGUUAUACAAAAUAGAUUUUAAAUGGUUGUUUAGGAAAGAAAAAUCUAUUAUCUAUUAUGGUUCAGUCAACAGUGGCAUUUUAUCCAAUUUUAUUUAAUUUGUCAAGAUAAAUAACUCUUAAAUCUUAAAUACAUAGAAAAUCUUUUCCUAAUAAUAUCAGCCCUGUAUUACUAUGUACUGUCCUACUCAUGGGCAUGGGCCUUCUCUACUACUAAGAGGAAUUAGGCCUUAGUCCACCACAUUAGCCUAAUGCGGAUUAAUACUUCAUACACCUUCAAAAUUCCUACAGAGAACUUCUCAGGUAUGCAGGUUUCCUCACAUUUUCCUUCACGGUUAAAGUAAGCGAUCAUUCACAAAGAGGAUGAAUUAAUUUUUUCUAAAAGAAUUAAAUAGCAUAGAAUGAAGCCAUAAAUUAUGUUAAUCAAAUGUCAUGUGCUAUCUUUGCAGAAUGUCUCAAAAAAUAAUUUAUUAACUUUUAACCUAUGUCCAAUGUUGAGCGUAGGCCUUGUUCCACUAAAAUGAUGUUUAAAAUAGCAUCAGUGGAUUAAGACUGCAAGCUAUUAUGCAAUUAAUUUGUUGCCUAGAUUUGGUCCUUAUGCUCCUUCAAUGCCUUUAAAUAUUUAUGACAGAUUUGUGGUUAUUUUCUAUUCAAGUUUAUAUUACAGUUUUUGAGUGGUAAAUUGUAUAAUGUAUUUUAUUACUAGGAAUCAACUCAGUCCCAAAAGCAAGAACAAUAUAUUUUAACUUUAUUGAUGUAUAUAUAACCAUUAUACACGUUUGAGUAUCACCAUUCUCAACACAUCUGAGAUUUUAACCCAUAUACAAGUUACAUGACAACCAAAAAACAAGCAUUUGAAAAUAAAUUGAAAAAUAUCAACCAUUGCCUUCUCAAACAAAAAAGAAGCUAAUAUUUUCUCCGUUUAGAAUAAAAAAGUGAUGACAGUGUAGGUAUUGAAAAGCAUUGCAUGUUCCAUAUCGGCUGCCGUGCGCCAUGUCAAGUUCACUGGCGUUACUAAAUCGAUAAGUUGCAAUCCGUGCUGCCGCGAACAAUACACGAUAACAUUACGAAUGUGUGUUAAAUAACUCGUAUACAAUUGUAAAAAUAUUUUGGAACUAGUAAAAUUUUCUAUAUACUAAUAAUUUUUGUAUACCAGCCAAAAACCAAAUUAGUUUUUAGUAUAAAAGAUCACAUCAAAAUAGUAAUAAUGAAAACUCAUGCGGAAUGGAUAGAUCAAGCGCACCGCCCGCGCUGCCGCACCGAGCGAGCGGGACGUGUGCGGGGCCGCGGGGUGAGGAAGGGUAUGCUUGUAACAGCCGACUUUAUAAGGUGUCAGUAAGCGACUGACAUGCGCCGGAUUUUUAUUAAUACAAAAGGCAAACUAGCUUACUAAAAUAUAUAUGAUUUGAUUAAUUAUAAAGCAUUCUGAAAAUUUAUGCAAUGGAUUGUCUUACUGAUUCUCUACAAACUGAUUUCGGGUUUAUAAUACGCUAAAAAUAAUGUUGUAUACCAGUUUUGUCGUUUGCAACGGUCUGGGUAGGUAUCACCGCAAUGUUUAUUUCUGCCGUCAUGCAGUUCUGCACUGCUGUUUUCCGGUUUCAGGCAUUGUAGCUAGCGUAUUUACUGGGUAUUACGAGGCUUAAUACCUCGUUUGAGGGUGACGAGCGCGUUGGAGUACCACGUACUACUUUGUAAUUCCAUGUAAAAAACAAAGAUAUAUGUUUUCUGUAGUGAUUCUAGUAAAAUUAUGAUUCGACGUAAAAUCUAUUAAGUGUUAAUAAUUCUAGAGGUGUUUAAAGUCUCAGAAUAUGUUAUAGAUUAAUAAUAAUAUCCAACAGUGACACAUAUGACCCUACAUUAAGAUUUGCGUACAAGUCUGAUGUCGUGGAUAGGUAUUAAUCCAAGGGACUUUACUGCAACAUUCAUACGCGAUACAAAUAUUUGCUGAACACACUUUGUCUUAUCCCUAUUGCCAUUUUAAAUAAACAAUUUAAUAAUGCUUAUUUUUUCAUUUAAUCUUUUUGUAAGAGUGUAGUUUGGACACCCUAGUUUAACAGGUGUUUCGGAUGUGAGAAUUGCACACCUUGUAAAUUUAGACAUUAAAAAAACUAAAGUUACAGCCCUCUCCAUGCAUUUAGGGUUGCCAGAAAUCAUUAGCAUACAAAGUUUAGCUUGUCUGGAAUAAUUAGGCAGUUUUCAGGGCACUCUUAUUUUCAAAAAUUCGUCGAAAAAUUAUACCUCUGUGCCAAAUUUCUUGCUUCUGUGACUGAUUGUCAAUCAAAAGUCUUAGUCAUUUGACAACCCUAUAUCCAACAACUGUACUAGUAACAAGUACUAACUACACUACUUACCAGGUCACGGCCACUUGUCCGGAAUUCCCCAAUUUAACCUAUAAAAUGCAAUCUUUAGGUGAUGUCCCAUAUCUUUCAUCAACCCGAUUCAAAUCUGAUUAGUAUUGUAAUAUUGAGAAAAAAAAAACCAUCGAUUUUACUUUCGUUAUAUCGAUAAGGAAAUCUCUAACCACGCAAAUGGAAAUACAAAAACACUUUCACCAGGUCACAUGUGGAAUCAGCUUAUUAGCGCUUAGUUAGAACUUUCUUGGCUUUUCGAUUUCGUUGGGACAAGGCAUUAGACUCAGGUAUUUGGUCAACAAUAGUUUUGCAGUUUGCAGAACAUUGUAGCCACUAGUUAUUGAGACUUACUUCUUCAUCAGGAGAAGCUGCAGGACUACGGACAGCCUUAGCGAUUUGAAAGACACAAGCUAAUUUUGGCGUAUUUUCGCCGACUUUUUUUUACAUCACGAGUGCGUAUUCAAAAUCUUUUUGUCAAUGAUGACAACAAAGUCAGUCUAGCAGCUUCUUAAGAGCCAUUGGCGUCUUCCCUAAGAUCUUAUACCACUAGGACCUGGUCCGUUCUCCCCCAUAAAUACGGUGCUGUUCAGGACACUAGGAGCAUGUAUCGCUUCGUAGUUUUAAAAAUUGGUUGGAACUAAUGUGUAUUUGUUGCCUCCAGGGCCUUUGGCGUCAUCACUAAGAUCUGAUGCCAUGAGCAUCUGGCCCACUCUCCUUCUAAACACGGUGCUGUUCAGGACAGCAGGAGCAUGUAUCGCUUCGUAAUUGAAAGUUUUGGUUGAAGUUACUUUUUGGUGUAGCUUGAGGCUUACCAUCAGGCGAGCGGAUUACCUAUCUCGCCAUUAUGUAAGCCAUACACGCUACGGUCUACCGGAGAGGUCAUCUGUGCAGGUAUGCCUGCGCAGGUAUCAAUUGAAAGAAUUGAUUUUCGAUGCUGCGCCGGUCGCCUGCACAGGCACAAAAAUCUGCACAGGUCUAUUUCCACACACAUUGCGGUCUAUCGGCGCAGGCAUACCUGCACCGGUGGACCUUUCCGAUGGACCGUAGCAUGUAUGGCAGCCAUUAGGUUCAUGCCAGAAAAAGUGCGUUAUAUCAACAAUAAUAUAAUUAUCUCAGCGGAUUAAUUGUUAACGUUUAGGAAUUUCCCACACAAUUAUCACGUUUACAAAGUGUUAUCAGGGCAGUAUAUAUUUUUAUAAGAGCUAAGUAAAUAUCCUUCUAGAUUUUAUGUUUGUUCUAAUAAGGUAUCAGAUAUUUUAGAUCCUUGUAGAAAUUUAGGUUUGUGAUAGAAUCUAGGCUUUAAGGGAGUCUCAUUUGGCUCGUACUACGUAAACGAAACUUUAAAGUUCGUUAUUGGAGAAAGGACUUGGCAUGUGGUGCAAUUUUUAAUGCAAUUAUUAAAAAAAAUACCGCAACAUAAAUAAUCACGUAACCGUCCAGUAUGCUAGUUAUAAGGAACAAUAAGGCACUUUGCAGACACCAUGCAGGUUUUACUCGAUGACACAUUUGACUGCACUGGUGCAGGAAUUGAAUUCAUAGCCUCUCGAUUAAAAGUAGUCGCAUUAACUCCUGUGCUACGGAGUCAUAAAAAUAUUUUAACAAAUCUCAAGUCGCUUUUUACAUUUAAUUCCUUAGAUAUUAUACACUCCAUUUAUAUAUUUAGUAUAACACUUCAAUCGAUUAUACGUCUGGCAAGCGCCUGUCUUUCUGUGCCAACUUCACCGUUAGUUUCAGUAAAGAUGCAACAUACAACGCUAUGGUUAACAUAGUGAUAUUGUGUUUAUGCCCACAUCUAUUAUACUUCAACAUCCACUGUCUUUUCUGAGUGAAAGAAUCUUGACUGUAAGAUUCAGAUUUCCAAACUCGACAAAGCCUAGGCUUUCGAUUUCAGAUAGAUAGUUAAUAAAACUCGAUUUUGAACGACUGGGUAGUAACUAUCCUUUACAUUGUCAAACGUCCCAGUAGUCAUUGAAACGAAUCUGAAAAACAAAUACAAACAGACCGAUAUAUGUAGUUCUGUCGACCAUCGAGAGAUGCAUUAUCUGGACAAUAUAUUUUAACCACAGUGCAUAGGAUUCAAUAAUUUAACAUGCAUAAAAUACAUUGCAUCAACUCCUUUUCCCUACACAAAGGCAGGCAGAGGUGCAACAGCUAUGUGAGUUUACAUGUAACCAUGGUUAAAUAAAUUCCCAACUGUAGUUUGUCACACAACUCAUGGGCCCUGGACUGUUACUAAGUACAACACUAGCCCAACGGCCUUCUAAAGAAAAUACUUGCGCGAUUGAUUUUUCGCCGCGCCAUUUCAAAGCCUUCAUGGAAACAGGCGUAGGUCAGUAGCUUCUAAAGUGGCCUUGGUUUUAUUAAACACGUUAUAAAUUACUGUUACUGCGGUAGGCAGAGAUGUAACUAAUGCUGCUGUCGUAAAAUGCGUGCCACUGCCGAUCCUGGCUUAGAGUCGCAGUGAGGGCUAAGGGCGGGAUAGUCUCAUAAUGUAACUACGUGACUUUAUUUGCGCGGUGUAUCCAAUAUUUGCUAGUAUAGAGGCACCAGAAUUUCGAAUUGCGUAAUGAUAGCUCUCCCAAUGCUCAAUAUUCUUUAAUGAUACCACAAUGUCUUUUAAAUAACGCACAUUACUUACAGUGCUGGACUACAAAAAUAGAGCAAAGCAGCAGUUUGACAAAUUUUCGCGUAAGCCCUACCAGCCACUCGAACUAAUGCAAUGACGUGACAUUGUCUGCCGGUCGGUAAACGGUUAUAUUUGUGUAUUUAGGUCUUGUUUGCGUUCCCCAAAGCUAAUAUACGAUGCCAACUGCCAAUUCAGCUGACAUCCCCUUUAUUUUGACCUAAACAAACAAGCUAUGAACCUUAUAAGCUUAAGUCUGAAAACGUCGGAGAUAUCAAUAACUAGAUUUUGUUCCGCACACAUAAAAGACCUCUCCAGAAAUAGGAGCCUGACUGAUUCUUCUGGGAUUAAAGUUUCAUACAAUAUUACAUUGUAGCCAGUGUUACUGGACAUAAUAAGACUUAAUAUCUCAUAUCUCAGAAUGGCAAGCGUAGUGGAAUACCAAACAAUAUUUUGUAAUUCUAUGCGUUGAAUGGUGUUUCUACUGGUUAUCGGCGGUCGUAUACCAUCAGACGAACGGAAAACUCGUCUUGUCAUUCAAAGCAAUGAUCAUUAUAAUUAUAUGCCAAAUAUUCAAAUCCGUUUAUUGUAUUUACACCAAGCAAUGUUUUAAGUAGGAUUGAAUGACUGUUAAACAUAUUUUUGUCCUGAAGGCAGUUGAUCUAAAGACCCUACUGAUGGUAAGUGGUUACCGUCGCUCAUGGACAUCAGCAAUCCCAUGAGAUCAGCUAAGCGCAUACCGUCUAUAAAAAAGUGUCUUAUAAUUUGGUUUUGAAAAGGCUUUGUACUCAUGGUUAAAAAUAUUACUCAAUAUAACUUGAUCCAAGUCCCCUUUAAUACUGAAUUUCAUCUAAAGAUCCUCAGGGCUUCAUACGAUAAACUUAAUAUCAGAUGUAGUCAUAAAAGAUUUUCGUUAUUCGUUGAUAAGAGUAGAUCAUAAAUCUGUCACAGCGUCGCGAGGCAGUCGUAAGGUCGUGAGAGCACGCCAGCUCCAACCUUGGGUAGGCAGUAAAAGAUCCCAACAGUCAUAUAAAACAAAUGGAGGACGGCAUGCAUGAUAACGAUGUACAAGUUUAAGGAUUUAUACAUAGUACGAUUCUUCUCUCAAGUAGGAAAAAAAGCAGUAAAAUUUUUUAAGGGUAAUUUUGUGCGAAUUUGUAAUUCAUGAUACAAGGAUUUUAUUUAAAAAUAAACACUAUCAUUAGUCAUUUAAAUUAAACUAUUUUUCGGAUUUUAUCGCGGUUUUAAUAUUUUACUUUUCUCCCGACUUUUCGAAGACUGCAGCCUUCAUGGUCAGGGGUGGGGACUGAGGUGUUGUUCAUCAAUAAAUGAAAAUAGUUUAAUUUAAAUGUCUAACAUUCGCGUAAACAUAAGAAAUCAUUAUUCAAACCAUUAUUAGUGUUCGUUGAAGUUGAUAUUGACAACACACACCUAUUUCAUCCCCCCUCCCCCCCUUCUAUAAAGAAAACAUUACGCGUUCAAAGAAGUGUUUUCGUAUCCGUUAGGUUGUUGCUCCAAACUAAAAUAAUUUCAGGUCGAACUAACGCUUAUUCGUUAUUGUAGAUGAUUCGACCUUUACCUAGACAUGUCCAUGGCUUCAUUACGGAACGUGAAGUGAUUUUUUAUAUCUGAUACAUUUCAAAUUACAAGGAAAUUUGUAGAUAAUUCUUGACCUGUAUUUAGAGAUUCGUAACUAGAUACCAACAGAACAAUGUAACAUGUUGAUGUCUCUAAUUGAUCUGUCGAAACUUGAAAUGUAACGGACGGUCAUAUAUAUUAUCAUUUUAUUAUAUUCUUAUAAAAUAUUAGUUUAAUUAUGCUAUCGGCGGUGGAAAAGUUGAGAUAAUGUUAUCUUCCGUUUACGUUGAUUUUGUCUGCCGUAAACUAAGACAUCUCAAUAGUGUAGUGAUAGCGUCGCCUACUUACAGUGAAAUCUGUUCCUGGGUUCGAUACCUGAGCCAGGCAAUUUGAGAUUUGCGUAUUAUUCUAUUUGACAUUGAAGGCUUCAUCUUUCUUAGAUUUUUUUGCCCCGUAUAGCGUUCGGCUCACUACGAGUAUCGACUAUAACUUAGAAAUAAUAUAUCUAAACUUCAUGUAUAGCAGUGGCGAAGGCUCCAUAUAACUCGAUUCGUACCGGCUUCCCUUUCGUAAUUGAUGUAAAAUCUAAUUAUCAUUAGAAAGAUUUGCAGACCUCAUUUAUUUGUAUGAAUAAGUUGUGUCCGGUUCCCUUUCGGCGAAUUUCACUCUUCGCCACUGAUGUAUUGUAAAAGUACUUCUUCCUCUACCUACACAUUGAGUAAUACAAGCGUGAAGCAAUCUCAAGAACUGUUCAUUCAAACGUGUCAGACUGUUUUCAAUUUUACAAUACAGUAGACAACGUCGAGUUUUCAUUAGCGACCUUCAGGUUGCGGUCAAGGUUUGUUUCGCGAAUGUUCCGAUGUGUGUAACAGAUGUAAUUGGCGUUAGGACUAUGAUUGUUUUAGUAGGUUUUGCAUGCUAUUACAUCCGCCAUACUGUACUUAUAGCGUCUUUUGAUCCGUGAAAUGGACCAAUCAGAAUAAAGCUUUUUUGACGCCUACAAAUGUUAUGAUUGGUUUAUUCAUGAUUGGAUCGAAGAUUAAUAUUAGGAACGUAUAUUGAAAACGGCUGUUAGCCAAUCCGAUGUUUUAAACAAAAUAAAUCCACAAGUCCAUAAACAGUAUGAACUAUCCAGUAGUUUGAAUUAGAAAGCUCUAUCACACUGCAUUGGCAAACCUUGUAACUGAAGAACAGUGUAGUAUUUUUCUAAAGAGUUUGCAAUACCAAACAAUCUAAAUACAAUACAAUGUGACAAUUCUUAUGAAACUUCAGAUAGUAUUUUUGAAUAUAUUUUUUUUACACUUGGCACGGAGUAGCUGCCCACGUGUCUUCAGAGAUGUCUGAAAAUAUUUGAGUUGAAAACGUGGUAAGCGUCUUUCGCACCCACUCUGCCAGGAGUGCCCUUGACUUCUGCGUCAAAGCCUGACCUCAAGCGUCAUCAUUUAAAUCAAAGCAACAGUUUGUUUUAUUACAUAAAUAGUUGUCUUUUGCUGUAGUGGCAUUGUGGGUAAAGUAGAGCGGAAAAUCGUGAGUUUGAUUCGCAGGUUUGGCAAUUUUUUUGGGGCAUCAAAAGGCUGUCAGGUAGUCGUUAAACAUACAGAUUAAAGAACUUUAUUAAACAGGAAAAUUUAAAAACACCUAUGACAGGUCAAAACAAAACGAAACGUUGUAGAGAAUUGUUUUUUGUUAAUCUAUACUUCUAUAUCUAUCUAAAUCUGAAGAGUUUGUUUGAACGCCCUAAUCUCUUGAACUACUAAACCGAUUUUGAUUUCACUAAUUAAGCUACAUUACUUCUGGCUACUAUAGGGAAGAACUUCUGACGCGGGAGGAGCAGCAGGCAAAAGCGAUAAUCACAUAAACUUGUUUUGAUGAAUAAAUAAUGCUAUUAAUAAAAUAAUACAUGCAGAGAUACUGAAUCGGCAAAUAACUUGUUUCAAUAAAAGAAUUUCGUAAUUGUCAUAGACCUGUUUUGGACGACAACUAGUUUCGCUAUCGAUGUAAACGAAAGGACUGUUUUGUAAUUCGACAAUAUUUUUUGCUCGGCAGAUGUUACUAAUCUGGCUAAACAUAUGCUUUGUCUAUGAACCGCUAAGCUAUCUACAUGACUAGAUAUGUAGUAUUUACUAGAUGGACGGUCUUGUAUGAGAGAGUUUGUUGGUGGUACGAUAUAUUUUAUACCCGCCCGCAUAGCGACCACCGUGCACAAGGUGUUAAGACCUUCCAUAGCGGUCCACGUAAGUGUGUCGCGUUUUCGGGAUCAGCCUGUGUAUAUCCGAUUCCAACAGGCCAGCAAAAUUGUGUCGACUGCCGAGGGGUAAUCAUCUCUCGUCAGUCGACAUUUUAUUGGACCCCAUUGCACUUACCAUCAGGUGAAGGGGUGUCAAGAUGUCAUGAACAUAUAAAAAAAAUUAAAGGUAUUUAUUUUGUCGAUUUCAGUAAUCCUUUUCAAACUUGCAUUCCAAUGCCACGAUUUUAUUCACUAACUUGAACACGAACACGAAGCUCACCUGAUAUGGCUGCACACAAAUAGAAGCUGCAUACUUGGAAUUUAAUAAUACGUGGUACUACACCGCACUAGUCGCCAUGACUAAUGGAACGUUUGAUGUCUCAUGAUGACGUUUGCAAUUCAGUAAUUUGUAAUCCAGUUCUACAUUUUUUUUUUUAGAUAUGAUUAGCUUUUGAUCAUGGCAUCGCCCGCGUGUAGAAGUUUUCCGAGAUAAAAGUCCCGCUAUGUAUUAUACCGUUAUAGAAAAUAGCCUAUAACCUUUCCAGGUUCUUAAAACAUCUCCAUACCAAAUUUUAUAAAAAUCCGUUCUAUAGAUUUUGAGAAAAUUGAUAACAUACAUUAUGACAACUUUCGAAAAAUAACGUGCCCUUCAAAAAGAAGUGACAAAAAAGGCCCGAAUAUAGGUAAAAAUUUGGUAAAAUCAGCCAGUCACCAAAUCUAGUACUAAAUUCCUAACACCGUUUUAUCGAUUGGCCAGAUAGUCGCCACGUAUUGCAUUGAUAACAUUAUCUAUUAGUAUACGUUAUCAACAUGGCUACUCGACCGGCACGUUCAGCUGUUGUUUAUUGGGUGUAAACAUGCUGACUUCUGACUUACACCUUUGGAAACGUAUCUAACAAGCUUACUUAUAAACUCAUCUUACGUUUUAAUCAAUUGCUUUGCCACCGAUUACCAACAAUUUUACUUAUAAACUUAUUUUAGCAUUGAGAGGUGGUUAGCGUUGCUUAAAUAGCUGUCAAAAUUAAACAUCGCCGGUGAGUAAGAGCUUAGGAGCAGAUUAGUCAACACGUAAAUAAGCAUAGCUUUUCGAAAUUUUAUUAAUAAGACUGCAUAUGUUUAAGGUACUCAAAAUAACAUUUUUUUUUUGUAAGGCACCGUUUGGCUGGAGGUCAAUUUAAGUUUUAUUUUUUAGUUGUCACCUUCGGGACAAUGUCUGCGAUGGUCAAAUGAGGGUCAAAUUAGUAUAUCAUUUAUUCUUCUACCAGCAGCACUAUUAGUUUCGAUCGGCUCUUCACCUCUCACAAUAUAAGGUCGGAAAAACGGCACUAUACUGUCUACCCUUUCAGGGAUUAGGGGUGAAUUAAUUAACUAUUUAAAUGUUUUAUAAGGGCUUUAUUUAUAAAUCAAUCUUAAACCUUGAUCUUAAGUUGAGAUUUAAUAUGUUGAGCUAUUUCAUAAACAAAGUUUAAGUUGUCACUUAAGAGCUUAUUCUUAAGAGACCCGGCGGUGUUUACUAAACAAAACUCAGCUGUUAAAAUCCGUCACAUAUUGUGACUUAAGAUAUCACUUGAGACUUGUUUAUUAAAUAGCACCGAUCUUAAGAUGCUGAAUUAGAUUUGACAGUGUCUCAGCUUAUAUCUUCAGAACGAAACUGAGUUUUAUCUAUUAAUACUGCCCCAUGUCUCAAAAGGCCGCCUUGGUGGCAUAGUUAUAAUGCCUGCGCGGUACGACAGCGCUUUGAGGUCCUGGGUUCGAAUUCCGGGUCGAACGAAGUGAUAUUUGGGUUUUUCUGCUCAGUAUCACCCGGAAUCUGGAAUUUGUGCCCGAUAUGGCGAUAGGCUCGCCCCCUAUCACAUCAUGGGACGGAACGCACUUGGUGAAAAGUGGGUGCCCCGGUUACGCCUCUGCAUAACCCUUCGGGGAGAAAUGCGUGAUGUUAUUUGUCUCAAAAGGCGUUUAAACACCUUGGCGUUAAAUACCAGUUAGUUACAAGGAAGGCAUGUUUUUUUAAUUGUCACCUUAUGUCUACCAUUCGAGUUGUCGAGGACACGAUAAUAUGUCGUAAGUUAUAAACUAAACAAUCAAUUUGGAUACCAAAGAGUCUUUACUUUGCUUCACUUGUUAGAUAUUAAAUUGUCAUUACUCGUUGGUUGCCAUAGAAGUUGGAAGCGUAAACAACUACUUAAGUUCACGCUUUCAUAUCCGAGGAAGACGCAUAAAUGAUAGUCACGGUUCGUCGAUCUUAUUUCUAUCCGAUAAUUUGAUGAGCAUAUUGUUAUGAAAACAUAUAUUUCAGUACUGGUCAUAAUGUUUUUUUUUUACCGAUAUCUCAGACUUAUGUGUCCGACUGGAAUCGAAUUAAACACCUCGUCGUUGAGAUCGCAUGUACGCUCUUAAGUGUCGGUUUUCACUCUUCUGUUUGACAAGUGUCUAACUGAGCCCUGAUAUUAAUAUAGAUAUAUAUUUCGCAAAUAUUCUUUGUUAAAAUUCCCAGUUGCUCUUAAUAAUUGCCAUUUAUUUUUCUUCGUAAAACUGCCAUUUAUCUCAAAUGUAAAUGGUGUAAGAGAGAGUGGUCCGCGGCGUAUUUGUUUAGGUGCGCGGUCGGUAAUGGUCGUGGUGACGUCACGCCGUGUGACGUCAUCACGGUGACAUUGAGCGACGAUUGUUACCGCUCUUCAAUAAAGUUUUUCACGUUUGAAGUGUUUUUUUUCAUGAUUUUUUUGUGUGUUGGCCGGCAUAGGGAUAGCAAUUGCCGGGUCGAUUGUGUCGCUUGUGUUUUACAGGUGAUUAACAAACAGUGUCCGUUAAAUACCAUUUAAAUACAUAGAGACUGCCUCGGUGGCGUAGUUGUAUUGCACGUCCGGUACAAUAGCGCUCUGAGGUCCUGGUCUAGUUGCGCCUCUGCAUACCCCUUCGGGGAUAAAAUGCGUGAUGUUAUGUAAAUACAUAGUUACAUAACAUUGCGGUUUCUCUCUAUAAGAGUUGGCAGAUGUAUUUCACAUUUCGUUUGUUUGUUAUCCAGGUAUUAAGGUCAGCCUAUUGUCAUUUACCGAACAGAAUUUCUGACUCCUUGAUUAUUAGAUUUUUUUUUAAGUUCUUGUUAAUAACUAGUAUAAAAGAUAUCACACCGUAACGAUUUCUUUGUAAGCGUUUUAAUUUCGUAUAAAAGGAAAAAAGAACGGAAAAUUUUCCCGGAGAUAAUUAUUACAGCGCAAAACUGGAGGUAACAAUGGAUCUUAGAGUUAGGAUGACAGUCCACUGACACUUUAUCCGGAAUUUUUAAAAGAAGAAAAUUCAACCACUUUGUUGCUAGUUUUUUCUUACAGUUCUGUCCUUGUGAAAGAUUUUACUAGAUUUUCAACUUUUACUUCUUAGGGAUAAAGUUUAAAACCCCCAUCGUUUAAUAACCCUUAUUCCUCUCUUUAAGGCAGGAGUCUUCGUGAUUAUUAUCGUAUUGUAGUUUAUGGUUAAAGUCACGUAACAUCAACUGACCGUCCUGCUCACUUACCUUCGUACGCUAUAAAAAGCCGCAGUAGAAUGACACCCUUAUUUCUACCGAGAACUCUCCCGCCCUGGGGUGGUGACGUCACAGUUUAUCAGACAAUGCUUCUGCCUAUGACUACACCGGUGAGGUAUCCAUCAUUCAACUUACUUUUAAAUUUUUUAUAAUUUUUUCAAUGAUUAAUACUAAGUUGACAAGAUUCCGGUCGAGUGAAAAUCAAGGAGUGAUUUGUUUUCUGGGAUAAUAAGUAGCUUUAGUCUAAUCUUAGUUUAGUCCGUCUACAUGGUAAUUUCGAAGUUGCAUAAAAAAACCGGGAUUUUUUUCCGGAAUAAAAAAUAGCUCAAUAAUCGAUCUUAAUAGCGUAAGUGGUUCGUUACACAUCUAACAGACACUCGCGUUUAAAAAUAAUGAGUCUUGUGUAUAAUUUCAACACGAGCGUUUAUUUGAUCAGCUUCAAGGCAGUUUUCAGUGUUAUUUCAUGCAUAAUAAACUAUUAUAAUAUAUAAACAAUUUUCUGAGUCGUUAUUGGCUAGUUUUUUUGCCGGAUGUAUAUUAUUUUAGGACAAUGAUUCUUAUCUCGAUCAAUGUGUGUGAUCUAAUGUAUUGUGAUUGACAACAACGCUUGCAGAGAACUAAAAUUUACAAUGUCGGAAUUUCAAACUAAUCUCACUCUUAGUGGAAGUUUAUGUAAUUUUAUUUCACCGCAUCAAUUAUAUAAAAAUAUAAUUUUUUGUAAUAUAUUUUCACACGUCUAUCAAUUCUAGAUUUGGUUUAUCUUUGUAUCCAAUUUAAUCCAGCUGUUAUUGGUUUGGUUUUUGGCUUUCUAAUAACCAAAUAUCGUCAGCCUUUCGCAUUUAUUAUUAACUAUCUUUUUCUCGAGGUUUCGCCCGUGGAAAUGGUUUUCUCGGAUAAAAUUCCCGCUUUACAUUUUACGAGACAAACAGUAGCCUAUAUCACUCAGUAUGUAGCCUCCUAUUAGUGAAAAAAAUUUCAAAAUGGAUUCCUAAAUAGUUCUUGAGAUUAGCGUGCUCAAACUGUUCAACAUAUAUUAGUGUAGAUAAGAUUUUGUAUUUUAUAGAUAAACCAUUGCAACGCUACAAGCCUUUGUAAGUCGCAUAUAGAAUAAAUCCUUAAGGAAUUCAGGGACUAGAUUGGACGAGAUAAAAAAACCUAUAAGCCAAAAUUAGGUUAACGGGUGACAUGAAUAUCUCGAAGUAUCCAGAAAGGCUGGAGGCUAAAGAAAAUGCUGGAACAGUUUUUUUGGAGCCUAUUUCGGAAUCUAUGUUAACGGCGUCUCACUGGGAUAUCGUUUGUUUCUUCUACUAGCUGGUUUAUGCGUGAGCUCAUUGUAUUUUCCAUGAGGUAGGCAGAGGUUUAGGGUAAGCCUAGGUCUAAAUAUCACAACUCAACUGAUUAUAAUAUAAACACUACGAUCAACUCAUGUGAUAUCAUAAUCAUAAUAUUUUAUUUGCAUUGAAUGUGGGUACAAAACAUAGGAUGGUAAUAUAAUUUAUAAGUUCCGAUGCAUUCUGCCAAAUUUAUAACAAAUCAAUUUACGAAAUGAAUAGUUUCUUAUAGUAAUAUCAAUGAAAUAACUUCUUAUUACAUGAUGUAUACUUUGAUGACAUCUAUAAAACUGCUUAUGGAUGUUGCUCAAUGACAUUAUAGGCCAAUCAGCAAGACUUACCCAGACUGCUUUACAAAUACCUUUAUAUCUAAAGUAAAUCAAAUUUUCGUGGAAACUAAAAGACAUUGUUCCGAAAGUCUCUCUAUAUUCCUCUUAGAUAUGAAUUUAAAUCGUUCAAUUAUUAUAAGUGCUGAAGUAUUUCGAGUGAGGGAUCUCCGAAAUGUGAUCACCAAAUUACUUCAUCGUUAACUUAAUGGGACAUUCAUUAGCGUGAUACAAUUGACCUUUUUAUAUUAGAUGUUAUUCGUGGCUCUGAUCGCUUGGAAGACCCUAUAGGAAAGCUCUAUGUAGUUAUGCGGAACUGUAUGCUAAAUUUCCUCCAAAUUCUGCUAAGCAGUUUCUAAAUUUACUUUUAAUAAAAAUAAAAACAAACAAAAAAUUAAAAAAUUUGGAGGAAGGUUUCUUUUAGACACGGAAAAGUGACUCCACUGUACCUGAUGGUAAGUGGAGUGUGGUCCAUAGAAUGUCUACUGACGAGAGGUGGUUACCUAUCGGCUGUGGACACAAUUAUGCCGGCCUGUUAGAAUCGGAUAUACACAGCCUGAUCCCGGAACGCGACACACUUACGUGAGCGUCUAUGGGUUUUAACACAUUGUGUACGAUGGACGCUAUCCAGGCGGAUAUAAAAUAUAUCCUACCACCAGCAAAACAUGUACUAAAAUAAAUAAAAAAUAAACUUCUGGUAAUCACCUUUAGCCUAUUCUCUUCUUACACCGUGGUAUUUCUCGGACACUCUGUAUAUAUUUAUUACUAUAUAAUUAUCAUAUCUUUACGGGCAUUGUUUGAGUUUUGUACAAAUGUUUCGACGCGGAAGUUUUUUUCUCGUCGCCUUGAGCUCGGUCCGGAAUCGUAGCCUUGCGUUCGAUAUUCUGAUUCGUAAACUAUUCUACAUAUCUGCAUGAGGCUUAUUGGCUUUAGUUUAGUCUUUUUAGGAAUAGAAUAUCACAAAUUAGGUUCAGAUGCUCCAUAUUUUAUCCCAAUGAGACUGCUGCUUGUGAGGGAUAUUCGUAUCUGCCCGUAUACUAAGCACCGUAAAAGGUGUAAAAAUCGUCCAGGUGAGUGUCGUGUUAUGGGAUUACCCUAUACGUGGUUUCAAACGGGCCGGCAUUAUUGAGUCGACUGAUGUGGGGUAAUCAUCUCUCGUCAGUCGACACUCCACUUACCAUCAAGUACGAUAGGAAGCUCUUGCCCGUAUAAAAAGAGAUAUUAUAAGUAUUGGCUGUAGAGUUCAUUUAAAGUCAAAUACCCAUUUGCUUUUUUUCCACAAUUUAGCAUGAGAAUCGAAUACAGAACUGCCGACCCAAAUUUUAACUAAACGUGACGCAAUACCCGUGUGAUGAUAAAAAAUAACACUCUGAAUGAAUGAAAGGUUUUUAUGUUUUCAAUUCCAUUCACUCUGAAACUCAUUCAAUUAGCCGAAUGUUUUUGGUGGGAAUAUUUAAUCUGUUUUAACGUUUGGCGCUAACAAAAGUGUUGAAAAAAUAGACUAUGAUACGUUAUCGAUCAAAACAUUUUUUGAUCAAUUGAUUUUGGUUUUUUUAUCGUUUGAUAUUCAGGCAUGACAUUAUAAUUUAGGGAAUCAUUGUAUUUUGUGAAUUUUCAAUAUGGCGUCUUUUUGUCACUAUCUUUCAUUUCAUGGUAUAAAAAAAGUUUUGUGGAUAAGGGUUAUGGUGGAGAUUUGCUCCGACCCUUGUUAACGCGACAAGCCCUUUACGACGGUUUGCGAAACAGUCUUAUCACCUCGAUCGUAUCGGUUACAUGUGACGUAAUUAAAAUAUCACCGGGGCGAUUACGUAUCAAAUGGCGGACCCCCCCCCCCAUCCAAUACGAAACAAACUAUACUAUGUGAAAAUAAAAUGUAUCUUGAUUCAUUAGAAAAAAAAUUCAAACGUCCGACAAUACGCAAUAUUGAAUGAAUAAAUAAUUUACGUGCAAAUACACAAAUAUUCAGCAUCUCAAACGUUUUAAAAACCUGCCGCCGGCCAUGAAGAAUAAUGCGAUCAGAAAACUGCCUUUGAUCUGGUCUAGACUGGCGCCUCACGUUAUUCACCUAACUUCGUACAUACUUUACGCACAGGGACGGCUUCAGACGAAAUUUGAGAGGCCCAUGACCCCCAUUGCGAAUGAGACAAUAUUUGAUGGAGAUGUUAAAAUAUAUCAAAUUUUAUGACAUGUAGCGUUAAUAACGCAAUGACUAUAAUUCAUGUAAGCUUUAUUUAGUUUAGCUUCAUGUAAGCUAAUAAAUCUUCGCAUUUCUAGAUUCGUGUUCCAUAAUAUCAUAUGUCAUUGAAUUGUAUAUUCACAUAAUCUCAACACCAAUAUGGAACACUGCAAUAAUAUAGGCUUCAAAGCUAGUUCUACAUUCUAAGGAUAUUCGAAGUAUUGAGGUCAGACAGGCAGACAAAAUACUAGGGACCGUAGACAGAAAAAUAUUGCGUUUAUUAAUUUGCGGACAAAAAAUACAGAUACAUUUUAAAAUAAUGAAAUAUAGCAAAAGUAAAUUUUAAAAAACUACAAAUAAAAACACCAAAACCAAUUUUUCAUUUCGAAACUAACAUUCUAUGCAAACAAGGGAUUAUUCCCAAAAAUAAAGCGCCGGAUCCGUCCCGUGUGGGCGUCUGAGUUUGCGGCGCGUUCAUUGAUUCAAUGUUCACAGAAAUGAACAAAAAAUCUUGUAUCCAGCGGUGUGUGGGACGCUCGUCGCGGAUCGCGUUACCUAUUGUCGAAUGAAAUAAUGACUACCCACUGCGAUUGUGAUUUCUAUUUAUGAUUUGUGACGUCACAGUUUUUCAUGUAUACUUUCUCUGAUCUGUUUUUCUAAAAUUUCUACAGUGCCUAUGUUCAGUUGUAUUUCUGUCAUUGUUAUAAGUUAAAUUUCUUUGUAGUAAGUACUUGCCUUAACACUUUCAAAGCGACACGGAUUUUUCUAAACUUCCAUUCCUGCGGCACAAGGCGCAUCACACCUGGCCAUAAAUUUAUACUUUUCUUCGUCUCACUGUUAGCAAGAUAAGCACAUGGUGUUUCAGACCUGGUUUCGCACUCAACGUGUUAAAGAUGGGUGUCUUCGGUUUCGAUUACUGUUGUUUUAGUUAUCAUUUAUAUUCUUCAUUGUCUGCAUAGUAUAAAUACAAUAUAACCAUAAUAUUGAUGACACGUUUAAUAUGUAUAACGUUUAAGGAAAACUCAUCUCUCUUGUUUCCUGGUUAUGGAGUAUUUUUCCUUUUAUAACAUAAUAUAGAAACAAACUGCUUUGGUAUAGUAAUUGAUGAAAUAGAAGGUAAUAUUACAAAUCUACUAAUUAACUAUAUUUAUUUUUGUAACUUCAUCGUCAUCUUUAUUGUUGAAAUAAUUGCAGUGGUUCUUGGUCCUUACAAUUUAUCACUAUUAUUAUUUUAUAGAUUUUCUUUGAUCCCUAAUAUAAUAUUAAAUCUCCAUAUGUUAAACACCGGCAAAAUUCUAGCAACUGUUGAGAAAUGAAACAUCUCUUGCUAGUCGAAAUAAAUUUAUUUGCGGGCAUUUCAGGUGCCAUGAGAAAAGAAAAUGACAUUAAUCGUUCAGAAACCAAUAAAAAGUAGUUCUAUAAAAUACGUAUUAUCAAUAAAAGAUAAUUCCUAAUGUACGGUAACUUGUAGCUGACAUAAAAACACGACAGAUAACACUGUAUUACAGGAAAACCAAUUAAAUAACAUUCAGCAAAUUAAAGUAGUUUCGGUGAAUGACAUCACUGCUUCAUUAGUUUCAUUGUUUGUGAAGAUUGUUUGACGACGCCUUUCAGAUAAGUUUUGAGUUUUGUUUUAACUAGGACAAAUGUUAAUAUUAUUUUUGACGAAAUUGUUCAAAGUUGUUUCCGUAUUGAAUAUGAUUAAGCCAUAAAUUUUAUCUUUUACAUUCACCAUACAAGUGUAAUUGUUGACUAUGCUGACCAAAGAGUUUAUUGCCUAAGAAAAAGAAGAGAUAUGAGGCCCUUGCAAUCCUUCUCAGCACUAAAUGUUACGGUUGAUGCUUAUUUGGUUCUGUGAGUCAAUCAAUCUGAUUAUUCGUAUUAUUUCCAAAGACUAUAGAAUAAACUAACUUCUAUGAUGCACUGUUCGACGCUGACUUACAACAGUUUUCAAUAAACGAUCCCAAUCUCAAUCUUCAAUCCUUUUCCGAGAAUGAACCAAUCAAAAUAACUCAUUUGUAAGCAUGUCAAAAAAAACUCUGUGCUUAUUGGUUCUUUUUUGAGAUAGAUAAAAAAGCGAUUGGGAUCAUUUAUUGAAAAUGGCGGUUAACCUAGUAAGUCAUAGUUCACCGACUAUCAGAUUAGUCUAAGAGCAGAUAUAAGUAGUUGUAUAACGUCAUCGUCUUCUCUUCAUUCAAUAUAUAUAAAUAAUAAGGGGCGUACAAUAACUUGAAAUAUCCGUUGAAUGAACAAAGGAAACGAGAGCUAUAUUUUUACAAUGGCGGAUUCAAACAUGGCCUCUAGCCAAACGACUCCAGUUUUAUUAGUACUAUAGGUAGAGGCUACGCUGGAGAUGUCCAGUAUGAAUGGACCGACUUGACAGACGGUCUGUCUGCCUGUAUUUUAAGAAACAGCUUUGUUGCAUUUGCGGUGAGUGGUAUAGCCGAGGAUCCAAAAAAAUCUAUGCUUUUGUAAAGUCCCAUACUCAUGUAAGGGCAAACACUUCCAUAAUUAUUCCGACAACGUGUUGAUAAGGUUAAUAAUUUCAUCAGGUGAUCCACCUGCCCGUUUGAUUUAAAAGCAAGCAGCAAUAUUAUGAAUUUCAACGCUGUUUUUAAGUAAUCUUGCUAAACAAAUAUCUUAGCGAAACAAAUCACGCAUUUAACGGUAUAAAUAUUAAUGGGCGACAUUUGAAAAACAUUUAAAGUUACGUAUUAAUAAUGCUGAUUUAAAUUCUUCAUCUUUGGACAAAUUUAUUUUAUGGUCUUGACUUCAUUCAGAAGUUUCGAUUGGAAAAGUCUCUACGUGCGGAUUGUAUUCUAUUCCUAUUUUAUAUUCCAAUUCACAACUUAAAAUUCAUUUGAGAAAACCCAGUCGUGUGGAAUUAAUAUAAGAUGCCAGUUGUGCACAUAUUUAGAAGAAUUAACCGAUUUUAAUUAUGAUACAAAAGUUAGUAACAUUUCCUUUGCUAUUAAAACACCGUGGCGCGGCGUUGCUUCGCUAGCGACUAAUCAAAGUUAUUCUUACGUCGACACCUGUGGUUUCUACUGAGUUUUGCAUUGUGCUCGCAAGAAUGUCAUCCCGGUAUUAUUUUGCUCUUUACUAGGAAAAAUGCCUGUUUUAACUUCAAUAACUUAAUAUGGCAAGAGACCACUAAGAAAUAGUGUUGUAAUCGGGCAUUUGUUUUCUUAAUUAUUGUCUAUUUUUCCUUUCUAAAGAAUACGUCGUAAUUAGGUUUCGUCACCUUACAAUUAAUAAACAUUUGAAAUUUACAAAAAAAAAAAAAUAUAUCGCUCUCACUUCAUUUAAUUUAUGUAUGUACAGAUAUUAAAGUCUAUAAUAACUGAUGACAGUAUUAUUCCAUUACGAGUUAGACUCAUGCAUGUGACAUUUGGGUUAUGUACAAAUGUAAUUUCGAAACGUAUUUAACUUUUAAUGAGAUUUUAGUGAAAAUGGAUGGCGAAUUUAAUUUUGUAAAUAAGUUUUUGUGUGAUGCGAAAGCUCGUGACUUGCAAUUUCUUAUUGUAAACUUUGAUCAUGUUUUUGUUACGUUUUAAUUUGCGUGUAAUCAAUUAUUUGAACACAUUAGAGUAACGGGAAACAGGACAUCUGUCCGCCAUGUUUGUUUUUAAUUUAUUGGUUUGACUGUUGUUAAAAAUACGAUUCGUACAAAUAUAUAAUAUCUUCUAAUGUGUUCAAACUAAUCUUAAAAUGUACCAACGUUGAUAACAUAAUAACGUGUUUGUAAAUUACUGUUUUUGGUUUGUAAAUAAAUUGUGGUAUUCCGAGUUAAAUUAGAAGAUAUGUGAAUUCAUUUUUUUGCUAUUGAAACAUGUUUCAGAACAGUUCAUAUUUUUUUUUACAGAUUUCACUAUUUCUCUUUUAGAAUUAGUCUGUGUAAAUUGUAGUUGGAUUUAUAACUGGCAUUGUCACCAUCUUUCAAGGCCGUGUAUUAUUAUUCCUAACAAUUGUCUGUCUUAUGUUUAUCUCAUUAAAGGCAAGAGCUAAUCCUUAGUUAUGCGGUACAGAGACGUCUUAGUUCUAUCGUUUCUAAUUAACUCGUCUUGUUUGCGUUAACCAGGCCGCCUGGGUAAUCUAAACCUACGAAUUAAUGAUGUAGGACUAAUCCCUGAAGAGCAAGACUUGUCACAGGCGAGCACUUUAAAUAUUUACUCAAAAUAAGAGGAUUAAAGACGAAACUGUCUUAAAUAAGUGUAUCGCUAAUGGAAUAAUUUUAAAAGUUCUUUCGUAGUUUUGUUUACAGUCUUUGUCCCACAAUUUUAAAAGUUCUUUUGUAGUUUUGUUUACAGUCUUUGUCCCACAACCCUCUAAGACUCAUCGACAUCAUAAGUCAGCGAAAAAUCUACCUUUAUGCAUAACACUCUUCCUAUAUUGAUACACGUCACACGAUAACCAUUAUCUGCCUUUGGGCGCUAUACUAGCCUAAAUGAGUUUCUAAUAUCUAUGCAAUUUGUGAUGAUUUCUCCUCUAACGAUCAUGACGUCAACUCGUCAACGGUAUAUGUUAACUGUAAUAUUGAUUCAUUUGUUUUUUAUAUUUUAGAUUGCGUCAGGUAUCAGCUUUGAUUUAGUUUUACACGGUAAAUACUUUCGUUGCAUUUAAGUAUUAGUUAAUACUUUGUCAGGAGUAUUUAUUUUAAGGGUAAUUAUAGCGACGCACUUGAUUUUAUUGAGGAUUUUGGACCAAAGAUAGGGGUCAGGUUUGUACAAAAGUUUUUUUAAAACCCCUUAUUUAAGUCCAGAAAAUUAGAGCCCAAUAUUUUAUGAUAAGGGUCUUAAAUGUAUGGUGUGAAUGUUUCUCCAUUUUAACACGUUACUAUAAAAUUGUAAUUUAUAUAACAUCGAAAAACGCAGGCCGUUUUCAAUCGUAGACUUUCGGGGCACUUGGGCCCCCCAAAACUUUUCUGAAUACGUGCCUGGUGACGAUAACAUGACAUUUCCUACCGAAUUUGUGAAAAAUGCCCAUCGAAGUCAUGUUACGUAAACUCGGAUUGUGAAGUUUUUAAUAUAAGACUAAUAAUGAUUGGAAAUUUGUAAGUUGGCCUUGAAAUGAUCGACUUGGAAGUGUUAAUGAAAAUUGUAAAAUGUGUGUAUUAUUUUCAUUGUAAAUAAUGUACUGUAUAUUAUUAUAUUCUUGUUUGUCUAUAGCGUGUAAGUGUUGAGAAAUUUCACAUUUUAUUUGUGUUGAUUACGAGAAAAACAUUUUUCGAAUGAACAUUUGGCGUUUAUUGAGUGAACUUAGGUGACACUCAGUGUAAAUGAUGAUGUCAAUUUGGAUGUACAAUGACGCUAUUUAUGGCAAUAAUGUCACUAACCGUCAUAUUCAAUAAAGGAUCCUAAUCGCUUUAGACGUAUUUUAGACGUUUACAAAUGAGUUAUUUUGAUUGGUUCAUUCUCGGAAUCGGAUUGAGGAUUGAGAUUGGGAUCGUUAAUUACAAUAAGCUGUAAGUAGCGUCAUUAUGUUUAAAAAUGACGACUGACGUGAACUGAUCGCCGUCACGUAAUCUCAAUGUGAUGCCUUUAAUUUGUAAAGUUCACAACAAUUUCUAAGUAGAUAUAAUGUGCAUUUAAUACAUUUAUGUCACAAGUGAGUGUCUCUCUCACUCGCCUAUGUCGGAGUGAGGGAGACAAAGAUAUAAAUGCCUGAAAUGCGAACAAUCUGUAUUAGAUUAUAUUAGGUGCCUGAGCGAAAUAAGUUAAACAUGCGUAGUGAGAUAUUGUAAUUAUUUUUAUUAUAAAAAAAAACUUGGUCUCCUUUCUUUUUGUGUUAUAAUCGCGAACAUAUCUCUAACAUACUGUGUCUUAAAGCUUUUUCGUCUCCGAGGUGUUUUAUCGUGUUAGUUUGGAAAACUGUUCGCACGAUGAAAGACCUCGGAUAAUUUUUUGUUUCGUAAAAAAUGCCAAAAUGUAGUAAUGUUAGCGUAAUCGAUUGAAUAGAAAGUAUUAUUAAACUUAGCUAUUUCCAUUACAUGGCUGACUGUUACGCUGUGGUCAAUUAAUUCCGAGGAGGCAUAAGCGACCGCUUACCGCGAAACAUCGUUGUGGGCUAUGUCUGUUGCGGCUAGGUUGUGAAGAAUUUAUUUAAAAUAAUAAGUUCUAGAUUUUUUCCUAAGGGCUUGAACUAGUUUAUUUUACAUGUCUUAACUUUAAAGCUGAAUGGAAUAUUUCUGUAAAAAUAUGAAAGUUUAAUUGGUUUUUACAUUUUUCAAAUAAUGCGUAUGAAUUUGCUGAAUAAAUAUACGACCAAAAAUAAAUACGAUUAGAUCUUUACGUUGGUUAAAAUUUUCUAUAAAAUAUUCAGAACUUUAUUUUUCGAAAUACAAAUAUUAUUGUAAGGUUUUUGUCCCCCAACGUCCCUGAUUGCGUGCCUGAUAUUUAUACGAAUGUUUAAAAAAAUAAGUGAAAGAAUCGCCACAAAACACAGUAGUUGCCAAAAUAUAAAAUGUAGCUUUUUAUUGUCAUUCGCAGUGAAAUGGUACAGCGCCUACACGUUUAUUUUGGCUUUGAAAUGUGAGUAGUUCUAUAACUGAUAUCUACUGCACCGUUGCCCAGAGAACCACAUUUUUUUUAUAUUUUGUCUAUAACAGACCUACUUUACACAAAACCUUUGUAUACGUUGAAUGAUAGUUCAAUAGAUUCACUGUUUUUGUGGUUAUUCUAGAGUCCUAUGCAUGUCUGUAACCUAGUUUUUGUUCUUUGUAGAAUAAUGUGUAAUGAUUUUAUGAUUUGAAUAUUAUAUGAUUCAGGUAAAAAGUAAUAAUUGAUGAAUAAUCAACUGGGGCCUUAUUCUCUAUCCCGCACGUUAUUUUAACAGUGCGUAACAAGCACGUAACACAACGCGUCAUGUUAAGAACUAUAGAAAUUUGGCUUACAGAAUACCAUUCCACGCACAUUUCUCGAAGAUAACAUGACACGGCCGCGUUACGCGUUUACACUAUCAUACAGAAUAAGGGCCCUGGAUAGCCAGUAUGCUCGUAAACGUAGCCGUGAUCGCGGUCAGGGAUAGAAUACAUCAUUAAGAUUUAAUUAAUAUCUAACAUCGGAAAUCUUUGGACGAUUGCAGUGUGCAGGAAGGUUGUCUUUAGAAUGCAUCUGAUGCCUUUGAUUUUUGAUAGGAAAUGAAUCAUUGCAGUUAUCACUAUUGUAUCGUAUUCUUAAAUUAUUUGAGUCAUACAACGUUGGUAUGAAGAAUAAUUAUUCAAAUUUUUAAUACUCAUAGUUCUGGCUGAAUGCUGUCGAUCAUGCUCAAAGUGCCUCGCUCCUCGGUCCUCGCUCCAGUGAUCCGAAAGCGAGUCCCUCAAAAGGAAGACAAUGUACAAGCAUGCCCCUAAUUACGUCAUCACUUUUACUUACGACUUGGCCUAGCUAUUGUAUAGUAUUAUUAAUGUCGAUUUCUAGAACAAUAAAGAUCAAGAUGAGCACGUUGGCUGUAUGUAGUAAGUACCUACAUCAGAACUUUGAAUUACGAAGCACUGCACUACAUUUGUCUUGAGACGAUAGAGUAUUUAUUAUUCUAGAAUUGUAAAUGUUUAUAAGCAGAGAUCAUUUAUCAUCAGGUGAUUCGCCUGUACAAUGCCAGUCUAUAAAAACGUCUUCUAUUUUAUAUUAGUACCGCAUGCAAUGUCCUUCAUACUGGAAUAAUUCAUGCUGUUUGAAGAGACAGCGGUUAUACGUAAUGGCUCGUAUCAUUUUAGUUUAGUAAAAACUGUUUUCCUAAACGGAAGUAAUACAGACUACUUUUAAUCUGUAAACACUAAGCUGCAUUUGAUUAAGGAAGACAUUAGCUAGGAAGUAUUUAUCUUGCAUUGGGUUCCGUAUCUCUUUCACUGUUACUAUUGGUUUUCUCAAUUUUUACCUUAAUGGGCGCUUUGUAAUACGCGUUCGCCGUUUCAGAGGUAUCGUUUUGUCUUUGCAACGCAAACUUGCAAGAACUAAAUCUACGUGAUAAGCCAGUUUAUAGGGAGGCUUUUGACUUAGCAUAUUCUGUCUCACGUUGACAAAUGCGGUGCAGUUUUCAUAAGUAUAUUGUCAGUUUUGGAUGGCAUUGGUACUGUUUAUGUAGGUGUAUUAUGUAGCUUACCAUUAGGCGAGGCCAAUAGUCUAGUAAUUAAUGUAAAAAAACAUUCAAUUUAAGUUGUCCAAAACUGUUAACAGAAUUCGUAAUUUCCUUUAAAUACAAGUUUAAUUGAAAUUCUAGACUUCGGCACGACAAGACUUAAUUACUUUCGGUUGCAGAAUCUGAACUGUAAUUCCAAGUUUUAAGGUCAACCAUGUUAGUUGCGUCUAAGUUCGACAAGUUUUGGAGGGCAAGGGCAAACUGUUAGAACAAGAAUGUUGCAUGUAUUAUCGCUUUAUAUAAUCGUUGUGGUCGUAUAUUUUAUGACAGCUAGAUACCGGCAUUAUCAUCAAUACCCACAAUCAAUUAGGUAGUGGUUUCGUUGAACAUUAACCAUUUUAACAAUGUCGGAAACAUUUCUUUGUGAAGUUUAUUUUUAUUUGAAACUUCAGGAAUGAGUCACGCGGUAACCGACAGAGAAAGUUUUCGAUUGUAACGGCUGCAGUUGUCUGCAUUAACAUAGCCCACAACGGUUCGCCAUGAAACUAACAAAUCAAUAUUUUAUAUACCAGUUGUACACAGAAGGCUAAGGCAUUCCCACUAGAGUGAGAUAUUUAUUUUCCCUACCAAUGUAUUUAACAAUACCGUAUUUUAAUAUAGUACAACAGUUUUCGAGUAUGUUCUCAUGUGUAAGCGUGGUACGUGUGUCGUGCACAAGGAAUCAUUUUAUAUUAUUCAGUGUUAUAAAUGCGUUAUUUUAAGCCGAUCUGUCAAACAGAUGUCAUUGCAUUUAGUCUCUGACAAUGUCAGAGAUGCGAAAUGACGCAAUUGCAACACAUUUAAAUGUAAUUAUAAUGUGAAACGAUAGUGAUUUGUGUAGAAGACGGACAUUAUUUGGAGUGUUGAACACUAGUGGUGACAGAGGAUGUGCUCACUUAUCAUGCUGUGCUUCUAUGUUGAGAUAUUAAAUAAAUCUGAUUGUAGUCGA